AUGGCUUCUACUUCGUCAUCUUCUUCUUCUUCUUCUCUUGUACAAUCACAAGUAAACACAAAUAUUCAAUUUUCUAUUUGGCAUACAUUUAAACAUCAUAUUCCACGUUUUCUUACAACAAUUCUUAUUGAUAUUAUUCUUCCACUUGUUAUUUAUUUUCUUCUUCAAAAAUAUAUAGAACCUGUUUAUGCACUAUUAGUUGCUGGUACUCCACCAUUAUUUAUGGUUAUUUUUAAAGCUAUUUCAUCUCGAACAUUUGAUGCACUUGGUUUUCUUGUUUUUAUUGGUUUUAUUAUAUCAGGUGUUGUAGCUCUUACAACACAUCAAGCAGUUGUACUUCUAUUAGAAAAAUCUCUUGUUAGUGGUAUUGUUUCAAUUAUUUUUGCUAUAACAUUAAUUCCAUUUCAUUGUUGUCUUCAUUAUUGUCGUGUACGUCCACUUGCUUAUUAUUUUUAUCAAGAUUUAGUUCCAACAGGUCGAGAACAAGUUGGAUUACCUGAAAAUUUAUUUACUAAUAAUAAUAAUAAUAAUCAAGAAUCAAUUCAUGAACAAUAUUCAGAAGAUGAAAAUGAAGUUCUUAUACGUAAAUCAUCUAAUAAACAAGAAGUAGCACAAGUAUAUGAAUGGAUAUAUACAAAUUGUUCAUCGUUUCGUACUUCAUGUUAUGUAAUAACAAGUAUUUGGGCAAUAGGAUUACUUUCGGAAUUUCUUACUCGAUUAACUCUCAUUCUAAUUCAUUUAUCAGUUAAUAAAAUAGUUAUUUAUGGAAAUGUAGUACUUAGUUCGGUAACAGUAAUAUGUAUUUUAAUAACAAUUAUUUGUGUAACUAGAGAACGAAAACAAACAAUUAUAUUAAUUGAACAAUGGAAACAAGAACAUUUAAAUAUACAAUAA